AUGGAUCAAUCUACUUCCACUUCUUUCAAUGGCCCUGGUCAUAUCACACAACCGUCGAUGGAAGUUGACUCGAUGCCCACCACAGACCAUCUUCCAACUUCCGGUUCAACUCCCAGCACCCUCUCCAGCGCUGCUGAGGGCAGCUCAGCUCCCCUUGUUCCUGCUGUUGUUCCUGAUCCUUCUAUGGCAGUGGAUACAGUAGUUCUCCCACUAAAACGACCUGCAGAGCAUUCGCUAGAACACGUCGCCUGGCGUGACCCCUUGAUGACAAUCGGCGCUGCGAACGACGUUGGGAAAUUCGCGUUCGACUACGUCCACCCCGAGUGGCCAAUUGCAACCAGUAGUGACCGUACCCACAAGCGGCUCUUUAUAGCAGGCCCAGACCAGGAGAAAUUUGAUGAUAUGCGAAUAGAGAACGAGCAUUUGAAACAGAGCCUUCAAGCUGCAGCUGACAAGGUUAAGACUAUUUAUAAAGAUAGCGACAAGGCUAUAGCAGCAGUGCCUGCUUUCCUUGAAGCGCUUGGUACAAACAAUCCAGAGGCAGCCGCAGCAAGUUCCCACUUCACCUCCUGUUAUGUCGUAGCUUACUGUGCCGUCUCCAGAAUCUGCAAGCGAUCUAUGCCGCGGUUGAUGACCAUAGGCGUACGAUUGAGGAUGUGCUUAAAUCAAAGCCUACAUGAACAGAACAAAGGGCUCGAAGCGGAACGGACCCAACUAUUGCAAGCAAAUCUGGCACAUCAGACUGCGAGAGAUAAGGUGCUUGCCGAGGCUGCAAAAGUCGGCCUGGACGCAGAGAAAGCUACUCAAGACGCUAAUAGACUAGUGGAGCAGCUGGCUCAGGAGCUGGCAGCGGCGCAUGAGGCGGCUAAGAAGAAAGACGAGGCACACCGAAAGCAAUUAGAAGAUUUGGUAUGUAACGCCCUUCAUAAGUACGGUGGAAAUAUAUUCAAGUUGUUGGUUUGCAAGCAGUUUACGAAGCUACAAGAAGAGAAUGCAAAGCUCGCUCGGGACGUAGAGAAAGCUACUCAAGACACUAAUAGAUUAGCGGAGCGGCGGGCCCAGGAGCUGGCAGCGGCGCAGGAGGCAGCUAACGAGACACACCGAAAGCAGUUAGAUGAUUUGUCUAUGAAGCUACAAGAAGAGAAACGGCUCAGAACCACAGCAGAGAAUGAACGUUCAACCGAACUCAACCGAAACAGGCAAAGGCAACCUCGGAGCCAAUCGUCUUUCCUGAUCCUCAACGACAACGAUGCCGACGACGAAAUGUCUCCGCCUCAACCCACAUCAACGCUCAACUCCUCCACCUCUCAUCGACGCUCUAGCACACAUGCAAAUACCUCCUCGACAACCACCGCUUCAGCACCUUUCGCAUCUUCUCCUUCUACUGGUAAUUCGGCCCCACGUACUACUGGGGGCACUUCGUCGUCGUCCAACGGCACAUCUGCACGUCCCUCGACAACCACUGCUUCUACCCCACGUACCCCUGGAGGCGCUUCAUCGUCGUCCAACGGCACCUCUACCGGUAAUUCAGCCCCGCAUACUACUGAGGGCACUUCAUCGUUCUCCGGCACAUCUUCAUCCUCCACAACGCCUUCUUCAACGUCAAGUGGACCUGGGCCAGGCGCCCCUCCCUUCCCGUCUAAUAUCCCUGGCGAUCCUGCGGCUCUCGUCCAAGAAUUCCUCCGAUAUAUGGCUUCUGCGCCUCAAGGCGCCACGCAUACCACUACACAUCAUGCUCCCCCGACGGCCACACCCACCCAUCGUAACGCUCGACGUCAACGUGUUGUUCAUACCCCUAGGCCAGGUAGCAAUAACCACAAAAAGGCGCUCAAACAGAAAGCUAAAAGUGAAAUCCCCAAGAAAUUGCAUACGUUGUGGGAUAGGAUGUUGCGUAAGACCUUCCUCGGUUGUACUGCCAUGGAAUGUGUAAGUCACUUCGAGGAGUAUAAUCCCAUUGAAGACGUUGUGGCAGAUGCCUACAAAAUGGGCAAUGGUUCGGGUCCCGAAGGCGAUAACCAAUUUGGGCUUUUCUUCGGUGAAGGUUGGAAUAGGCAUGCGUGGAAUCGAAAGGUUGUCGACAACCUGGUUUUGCUCGUUCCUGCGCAGAAGCAGAAAUACACGGAAUUGGCACAAUGCGAGAUCUCGGAGGAGGUUCUUCAGACAUGGUUCUGGGGAUUUAUUCGCGACGCUCGUGGAUAUUGGUCACGAUCACGACCACGCGUACACACGUCUGGUAGCAGGUUGGAGACGCGCACUGAAGCAAAAGUACGAGCUGAGCGGUACGCGGCAGAUCGGGCUCAACGCGUUAGGGUGACGAACCACAAGCACAAUAAAUACUACAGACGCCUUGAAGGUGCCAUCAACCUCUUGAAGGAAGCCGAUUCCAGCCCUCAUGUUGGCGAAUGGCAAAGGGCCCGGAAUCUUCUCGAACAACUCGAUGCUAAUGCAAUGUCUUCGGAAUGCACUGACGAUGAGGAGGUCUAUGGCCCCAGCCGUGUUCUCGUUGUAUCUACCCCCCAUUUCCGACGUCGAUGCAUUGGUCCUCUCAUGAAGAGCCUUGAUGAAGCAAUCCGUACGUCGGCGGGCCCAAGGUCACCCCCUACUCGACGACGCAAAAGGCUACCCGACGUCAGCUACAACACAACUCCCAAAACCCUUCCUCGCUCUUGUUAUCACAAUAGUUUUCUCCAGCGGUUGACUCCUCAGGAACUUGGGGAGCUUGAGGUGAAGAAUGUUACUAUUCCGCUUUUUGAUCGAUGGGCUGGCAGGGCGGUGGUAUCAGAUACGGAGGAUGAAGAUGAAGAUAUGAGUGUCGACGGGGAUGGUGCGGAACAGUGA